GGACGCGGCGAGGGCUUGGGGCGGCCAUGGCGGCGCUGCCGCGCUGCGAGCUGUGCGGGGCCCGGGCGGCCCCGCUGCGCUGCCCCGGCUGCCGCCUCACCUACUACUGCGAUGUCUCCCACCAGCAAACUGACUGGAUCAGCAUCCACAGCCACAUCUGCCCCCUGCUCAUCCCAGUCCUUGGGCCCCAGCCCUGCUUCCAUUCCGACACAGCCAGGAAACUUGGCAAGGAGCAGCUGCUGAGGAGGCAGGAGUCCCUCAUUGCCGUGGCGCUGAGCACAGCCCAGGGGUUUGUGUGGGCAGGGAAGCCCCUGGAAGCAAUUCCUGCAGCGCUGCAGGCGCUGCGCUUCAGCUCCCGAGCGUUCGGCUCCGGCUCCGCGCAGCUCGUGCCCAUUUAUCUGCUCCUGGCUGAGGCCUCCACGGGUGCUGGCCGUCCCCGACAGGCAGCCAAAUAUCUCUCCCAAGCCCAGUGGAUCGUCCUGCAAACCCCAGACUGCAGUGCUGCUCUUCAGUCUAAGUUACACCGUGGCCUGGGGCUUUUCUCUGUUGCUGAAGGAAACCUGGACCAGGCUCUGUAUCACCUGGCCAAUGAUGUUUACCUGGCGACUGCUGAGUUUGGACUAAAUUCCAUCAAGGUCUCUGGAGGGUACUUCCACAUGGCCAAUAUUUUCUUCCACCAGAAUAAAAUGGAUGUAGCAAAUUCACUGUAUACUGAGGUGAGCAGCCUGUGGCACGCCUGGCUGCUGAGCUCCCUCCUCGAGCACCAGCGAGAGCUCCAGGCCCAGGCAGAGGCGUCGCCAUUCUCCGAGGAGGAGGAGGGCCUCGAGGACGGGAUGACCGAAGUGCAGCGCGAGGAAGGAAAGCGGGUGCUGAGCGCGGUGCUGGAGGUCAGGGAGCAGGGCCCGCUGCAGCAUCCUGGGGAAACAGCCCGAGUCCUGCACGCCCUGGCCAUGAUCCACUACCUGGACCUGGAUUUAGCCAAGGCCCAGGAGGUGGGGAUGAAAGCCUUCGACCUGACCAAGCAGCUGCCCCAGCAAGACUCUCUAGAAACCAUCGGUCAGCUGCUGGAGCUGAUUGAUGCCCAGUUUUCCCACACCACAUAAAAACUGGCUCUGCCAGACCCACUUUGUUUGGCCGGGUUCUCUCUUAUCCAGGUUCCUGGACACCACGAGCGUCACAAGGCCUUGGUCUUUCCUGUUGCUGCCUCUUUCCAGCUGCGUCCGUGGCUGUCCCAAACUGUUUAGAAAAUAAACAUUUU